GUUUGCGCGCAGUUCAAACAGAAACAUUUGCAGAGGGCCAACAAGAAACAGCAAAGGCAAAACACAAAACUUUGCAGUGAAAAUACUUAACUUAAUACCAUUUAAGGCACAAGACUUUAUUGUGGAGUGCGCGUGUGUUUUAUUUCUCUCUGUGUGUGUGUGUGUGCAACAACAAUUCAAAUUAAUUGUUAACAAUUCUCUAAACACUUUUUCAACUUUUGGUGGAUAAUCAUCCAACAGAGAUUGUGUAAAGGCAUCUGCAAAAAGGAGCUAUACCAAAUACAAUUGAUUGUUUGACGCAUCGAAAAGGCCAUCAGCAAAUACUAAACCGAAUUUUUGCAAUUCCCUGCAAUCAUCAUGUCCACCAGCACAUCAGCCUGUGAUUGUUUGGUGGGCGUGCCCACUGGACCCACCCUAGCAUCCACAUGUGGCGGCAGCGCCUUUAUGCUAUUCAUGGGCUUGCUCGAGGUAUUCAUACGCUCCCAAUGCGAUCUGGAGGAUCCCUGUGGCAGAGCCAGCUCAAGAUUUCGUUCGGAACCCGAUUAUGAGUACGAUUUCAUUGUCAUUGGCGGCGGAUCGGCUGGCUCAGUGGUUGCCUCACGUCUCUCAGAGGUGCCGCAAUGGAAAGUGUUGCUCAUCGAAGCUGGUGGCGACGAACCCGUGGGUGCCCAAAUACCUUCCAUGUUUUUGAACUUCAUUGGCAGUGACAUUGAUUAUCGCUACAAUACCGAACCGGAACGCAUGGCCUGCUUAUCGUCGAUGGAGCAACGUUGCUAUUGGCCACGUGGCAAAGUCUUGGGCGGAACAUCGGUUAUGAAUGGAAUGAUGUAUAUACGUGGAAAUCGAGAAGAUUACGAUGAUUGGGCAGCCCAGGGUAAUCCUGGUUGGGCUUACAAGGAUGUAUUGCCAUUCUUCAAGAAAUCCGAAGAUAAUCUCGAAUUGGAUGCUGUGGGUACAGAAUAUCAUGCCAAGGGUGGUCUUUUGCCUGUGGGCAAGUUCCCCUAUAAUCCACCACUGUCCUAUGCCAUACUUAAGGCUGGCGAAGAGAUGGGCUUCUCGGUCCAGGAUCUGAAUGGUCAGAAUUCCACCGGAUUCAUGAUUGCCCAAAUGACGGCAAGAAAUGGCAUACGUUAUAGUUCGGCCAGGGCCUUCUUAAGACCAGCUAGAAUGCGCAACAAUCUGCAUAUACUACUUAAUACCACAGUGACCAAGAUUCUAAUCCAUCCACAUACCAAGAAUGUGCUCGGCGUGGAGGUCAGCGAUCAGUUUGGAAGUAUGAGAAAAAUAUUGGUCAAAAAGGAGGUUAUUCUCAGUGCGGGGGCUGUGAAUUCGCCACAGAUUCUACUGCUGAGCGGUGUGGGACCCAAGGAUGAACUGCAGCAGGUGAAUGUGAGGCCAGUUCAUCAUCUGCCAGGUGUGGGCAAGAAUCUUCAGAAUCAUGUGGCCUACUUUACCAACUUUUUCAUUGAUGAUGCCGACACGGCGCCUCUUAACUGGGCCACAGCCAUGGAAUAUUUGCUCUUCCGCGAUGGUCUAAUGUCCGGCACUGGCAUCUCCGAUGUCACAGCCAAAUUGGCUACCCGCUGGGCCGAUCGUCCAGAUUUACCCGACUUGCAGCUUUACUUUGGUGGCUAUUUAGCCAGUUGUGCCCGUACCGGUCAGGUGGGAGAACUUUUAUCGAACAAUUCACGAGCUAUACAGAUUUUCCCUGCUGUCCUCAAUCCAAAAUCUCGCGGCUACAUUGCUCUCCGCUCAGCCGAUCCUCUCGAGCCACCACGCAUUUUCGCCAACUAUUUGACCGAUGAACGCGAUGUAAAAACUCUGGUGGAGGGCAUCAAGUUCGCCAUUCGUCUCUCGCAGACUUCACCGCUGAAGCAGUAUGGCAUGCGUCUGGACAAGACCGUGGUCAAGGGCUGUGAGUCGCAUACCUUCAACACGGAUGCCUAUUGGGAGUGCGCUGUACGCCAGAACACUGGUCCGGAGAAUCAUCAGGCGGGUUCAUGUAAAAUGGGUCCCUCACACGAUCCCAUGGCUGUGGUUAAUCAUGAGCUGCGUGUCCAUGGAGUGCGCGGUCUACGUGUGAUGGACACCAGCAUUAUGCCCAAGGUUACGGCGGGCAAUACCCAUGCUCCGGCCGUAAUGAUAGCAGAGAAGGGCUCCUAUCUGCUCAAGAGAGCCUGGGGUGCUAAGGUCUGACGAUUGGAUGCAACGUGGACACUGCAUAGAGUAAUUUAAAUGAAAAAAAAACAAAAAAAAAUCCAACGAAAAAAGAAAAUUAGGGAUUAGUUUCCCCUUUGAAAUCCCAAUUUUACAAAUUUUAAGCAAAAUUAUAUGAUUAAGGACACACCGAAAUCUAAAUCUAAUUCUGAUCUAUAUCUUUUCUUUACUAUUGUCGAUAUAUCUUUGGCCUCUACGAUCUUUAACUCUGGGCAAUCUGCGUUGCUGUUAUAUUUUCUAUAAACCAUUAAUAAGUUAACUCUAAAUAUUUAAACUAAUUCUAUAAUUUUUCACCUAUU